AUGGGCUCAGUAACAAGAACCACGCCACUCAAUGAGCAACUCUCCAUCCUCUAUGUCGACUGUUUCGACUCUUUCACAAACAAUAUCAUCGGUCUUCUCGAGGAGCGUCUAGGCGCAAAUGUCAUCAUGGUUCGCAUCGAUGACAGGCAGGCGGAUAGGGAUCUUCACACGCUGCUUCGGGCCGUGGAUGGCGUUGUCAUCGGGCCCGGACCCGGUCAUCCUGGAAACCCCCAAGAUGUUGGCUUCAUUAACAAGCUCUGGGCUCUCAGUGACUCAGAACUCCUUCCCAUCUUUGGCAUCUGCCUCGGCUUCCAGUCUCUGUGCCUCAAUCAUGGUGCCGAUGUCAAGAGACUCGAGAGCCCCCGCCAUGGCAUUGUCAGCCGAUCCACGCACCAAGGUAUCGAUAUUCUCAAGGGACUCGGUGAUCUCGAUUGUACUCAGUAUCACUCGCUUCAUGCCGAUCUCGAGCUGACAGGAGCUCGCCCGACCCACUUCUGGCAACCAAACAAUGUAUGCCCUGAUCUGUUGCCUCUCGCUUGGGAUCUUAGCGAUGAGAAUAACGGCCCAGUGUUGAUGGCUGUGCGCCAUGUCUCCAAGCCGUUCUGGGGGUGUCAGUUUCAUCCCGAAUCCAUCUGUACCUCAGAAGCUGGCAAGGACUUGCUCGUGAACUGGUGGAGGCAUGCCCUUCGGUGGUCGGCCAACAACGGUCGGGUCAAGACCAUGGAGCUCACUGGCCGUUAUCUUCCCAACUCGCUCUCCAGCUUCUUUGUGGACGCACCUAUUCAGUCUGGUCAUCUACAGGCAUCUCACCUCGCUCAAGAACUGCGCUCGGCUGCCGGCCGUGAUGACAUCUUCCUCCGCUGGGCCAAAUAUCCAGCUCAGGGUGUUACCCCCACAGUUCUUCUGGAGAAGCUCGGUCACCGAGAUGACGAGGUCAUUCUUCUGGAUUCGCAAGGACACAACAUGGGUCGCUUCGAUAUUCUUGGACUCGUCGUUCCCGGUAAGACCGCGAACGUCACCUACAGCUCUUAUGACCGCACGCUCAAAUAUGGCAAUCACUCCAAGAACAUCGAUUCGAUUGAAGAAUGCUGGCCUCUCUUUCAGGAGGCUCUCGAUAUCUACUACCCCCAGAACCAGGAAAUCGACCGGUCCAAGCUGCGCUCGGAUAUGGACAGAUUCAUUGCCGGUCACCUGCCCGCCGACAGCCCCUUUUGGGGCGGGUUUAUGGGGUAUAUCUCGUACGAGGCCGGACUUGAGACCAUCGACGUCGGGCUUCCCGAAAAGCCAACCGACGGCUCAGCUAUCCCCGACAUCAACUUUGCCUUUAUCCACCGUAGCAUCGUUAUCGAUCACCAUACCAACCAGAUCUACGUCCAAUCCCUUCUGCCCAAUGAUUGGACCUGGAUUCUCCGUGUCGGCAGCCUUAUCGACUCCGCUUCUGCUGCCUCCAGCAAAUCUGAAUGCCCGUCACUCACUUCCAUUGCGGAGUCUCGUCACCUCAACGACACACUCGCCCGCUCCACCAUCACCCGCCCGACCGGCGAAUCCUACCGCGCGCAAGUCCAAAAUUGCCAAGACCAUCUCCGAGCCGGCGACUCCUACGAGCUCUGCCUCACAGACGAGAGCUCCAUCGUCAUCCCCUCGGACCCAUCCUCCAACUCACACUCACCCCUCGACGCCUGGUCCCUCUACAAGAAGAUGCGCCUUAAUAACCCAGCCCCGCACGGCGCCUACUUCAACCUGCCCAACAUAUCCAUCGUCGGUACCAGCCCGGAGCGCUUUCUCUCCUGGUCACGCGGCGGCCACUGCCAGUUCCGACCCAUCAAGGGCACUGUAAAAAAGGGCCCCGGGAUGACCCACUCCAUCGCCAGCGAAAUCCUCAACAGUAGCAAAGAACGGGCCGAAAACCUGAUGAUCGUCGACCUCAUCCGCCACGACCUGUCCGGCGUCGUCGGCGCCGACAACACCUGGGUGUCCAAGCUGAUGGUGAUGGAGGAGUACGAGAAGGUGUACCAGCUCGUGAGCGUCAUCGAGGGCCAACUGCCCCCCGCGGAACUACCCGGCGCCCCCAGGGGACUGCAUGUCCUCAAGAACUCGUUACCUCCGGGAUCGAUGACGGGGGCGCCAAAGAAAAGGUCGUGCGAGAUCUUGGUUGAUCUGGAGAAACGGCCGAGGGGUGUCUAUGCGGGUGUGCUGGGGUAUAUGGAUGUUGGUGGCGCAGGAGACUUUGCGGUUGUCAUUAGAACGCUGGUAAGGAAUAAGUUGGAGGAACAAGAGGUGUGGCGGAUUGGGGCGGGUGGGGCGGUUACUAUUCAGAGUACGGAUGAAGGGGAGUUUGAGGAGAUGGAGAUUAAGGCGGGGAGCGUGUUGGAGUCGAUGAUGAAGUGA